AUGACGAAUGACAAUGGAAACCAAGUUGUUCCAAUGGAAGAUGUUCCUAUGCUAUUCGAUGAAACUCCAGAGACUGAACGCUUUCUGGUGAUUGAGGCUUGGCAGCAUUCACAUUUUUUGUGCAAGAAUUAUAUUCUAAGCGGGCUGGAGGAUGCUUUGUAUAAUGUCUACAGUGGUGUGGAAACUUCAAAAGAACUAUGGAUUGCGCUUGAAAAGAAAUACAAAACUGAAGAUGCCAGGUUGAAGAAGUUCGUUGCUACAAAGUUUUUGGACUAUAAAAUGGAGUGGUGGAUUGAUUCUGGAGCCACUCGCCAUAUUUGUGCGGUUAGAGAAGCUUUUGCUACUUAUGCUCCUGUUGGAUCCGAUGAGACGCUUUUUAUAGGAAUUGAUGCAAUGGCCAAGAUUGAAGGAUCAAUUCUUUUUCAAGGAAAUAUUUCAGGACUUCAAGUGUUCAAAAAUGGAGAAUGGAUUGGCGUUGAGCCUCUUCCUUAUAAUGCAUUUGUGGUGAACACAGGACUCUCUGUAAUUACAAUAAUGAUAAUGCAGGUGAUUAGCAAUGGAAUGCUGAAAAGUGCAGAACAUCGAGCUGUGACUAAUUCGAAAGAUGCACGGACGAGAAUGGUGACUAUCAUUUGUACAGUGUCAUUUAGGUAA